AUGACAGCGCAUUACACUGUACACUGCUACGGCGGUAAGGGAGGAAGUGGCAGGAUGGUUCGCUUCAAGGUCUACAAAAGGGUUGCAUUGCAGAAGGCGAUUGUUCACGGGGAAGAAAGGACCAGGCCGAGACGUAAGCAAAACCAGUAUAGAAGCCUACAAGACAGACUAUAUAGGAAACGACAGGUGUUUACUGAAGACAACUAUCUAGGCCGAGACAUAAGUGAAACUAAUGUAGUCCAAUCUACAAUAUACAAAGAGACAGCCCCGUACAGCAAGCCCCAACUCCAUUCACCGCCUGAGACACUCCUCACUCUCCCGCCUAGACUGACACCGGUACUCAGCGGAUUCCAACAGAAACUCCCUCCUAUCAAUGCUCUCUCUUAUCGGAAUAGCUGA